AAAAUUCAAAGGAGGCGGCUCCUCUUCUGUAAAAAGAAGAAAAGCAAGUCUGAUAAAGAAAAACUCGAGCGAGCACUGCGCGAGAGUUCAGCAGAUGUUUUUCAAGAAGUAGAAAAGACUGAGGCAGAACUUAAAUUUGAAGAGAUUCAACGCAAAAGGCAAAUGGAAAGAGUAUCAAAGGCUGCAACAAAAUCACAUAAAGAUCGAGUGUCUGAAUUUAAUCAGAAACUAGAGAAACUUAGUGAACAUCAUGACAUUCCAAAAGUUGGUCCAGGAUAAUAAUAAUAAUAAAAUACACGUUGAAGAGUAUUUAAUAGGAAGUAAUUUACACUAAAAG